AUGGCAAGACUCUGUGCUGAAUGCAGAAUAAAAGAGGUUUAUAUUGAAAAUGGAUAUCCCACUGAAUUUUGUUCUCACAAUUGUCGAAAAGCUGCGCCAACACGGUAUACGAUUCCUGUAAGACCACCACAGAUUCAGCCAGUAUUCCGACCAGUACUUGUAUCUUCUCCCGUAUCUAAUAUACCUAGCCAAGUUAUAAGUGUGCCACCGCCACUUCCAGCUAGACAGCCUGUUGGUACAGUUAACGUUGCCCGGCCAUUUCCAAUGAAUCAAGGACAAUAUAUGUCUCCUGUGUCUUCUCCUAUGUGCGUUCAAUGUAAAGUAAAACCUCGUUGGAGAGAUCAAAAUACUGGACAGCUUUCUCCUUACUGUGGAAAAACUUGUAAAGAAAAGGCCACAGGAAUUUCAAGGAUGUCACAAAACUAUAAUGCGUUUCCGACAACCAUUGCAUCUAAUGGUAUUCCAACACAAAUAGGUAUUCAACAGCAACAGGCCACACCAUUAAAUCUUUAUCAAACCACACAAGUAGGUCCAGGUAUUCAGCCACAACCCAUACCAAUAAAUCUUCAUCAACAGACACCGUUAGCUGUUCAACAGACUACACCAUUUAUUAGUGUUCAUCAGCAGCCCACUCCAGUUGCAGGUAUUCAGCAACAGACCACUCCUGUAAGUGUUCAACAACAGGCUGCAGCAACAAUGAAUAUUCAACAAAGGAAUUCGUCAUUAAAUGUUCAGCAACCAGCAAAUGUUCAUCAGCAAAGGAAUUCAGCAAAUAUUCGUCAACGACCAAUUUCGCAACAAAGUACACAAUCAAAUGGUCGUAAUCGAGCGCGAAAUUCAUACCAGAGUGGAUCGUAUCAGGAUGAAAUGUACCAAGAUAAUGAGUACCAGGAUGAUGACUACCAUGAUGAUGGGUACCAAGAUGAUGGGUACCAAGAUGAUGGGUAUCAAGAUAAUGAGUAUCAAGAAGAUUAUGAUGAUUCAUUAACCAAUGGUCGACCUAUUCAUCCGGUUGACGACGAACAGUCACCACCGUUACCUCCUUUAGGGACUAAGCCACCACCAUCGCGAGUCCGACCAGCAUUACCGGAGUUACC